AUGAAGGACGACGAUGAUAAGGGGUACACCUGGGAGGCCGCGUAUGCUGAAGGCUUGAACAUCCGCGGCGUGCUCGAAGAGGACGAGCGCGGCUCUAUCGAAAAGAGUAUACAACGCGUCAUCGAGGAGGCCAAGCGGAAAGCCCGUGACGUCGACCGGCCGUCAAAAUGUCGACUGGGAAUUAUGCGCUACCUCUUCAUCGUCAUCGACAGCUCGCGCUUUAUGCAGGACAAAUCGAUGGUGCCCAGCCGGCUGAACGUGACGAUACGGACAAUCACCCGCUUCCUCAACAAAUUCUUCGAGCAAAACCCGAUGGCCCAGGUCGGCAUCAUAAUGUGCAAAGACCGAAAAGCCGAACGGCUGGUGCCGUUGACAGGAAACAUUCGCCAAAUAUGCGACACUCUCGGCACCAUCAACGAGCUGCAGUGCGUCGGGGAUUUCUCCCUUCAGAACGCCCUGCGAUUGGCCUAUUCGAAUCUGAAGGAUCUUCCGGCUCAUUUUUCUCGUGAGGUGCUCGUGGUGAUGUCGGCGCUCACCUCAGUCGAUCCGGGAAAUAUUUUUGCGACUGUUGAGAACCUGAAAACGGCCUCGAUUCGGUGCUCGGUGAUCGGGCUUUCGGCUGAGAUAUUCGUCUGCGCCCAGGUGGCAAAGUUGACAAAAGGCCGAUACGCCGUCGUCCUCGAUGCCAGCCAUUUGGAGCUGGAAAUGGGGGCUCACGCUACUCCUCCACCCACCGGAAAACAACAAGAGUCGAAUGCCGUGGCCGUCGGCUUUCCGUCGCACGAGACCAUCAAGAAAACAUCAUUUUGUUUGUGUCACCCCGGUGCGGCGCCGCUGUCCGCCCGCGGCUACCUGUGCCCAAGAUGCGGUGGACGGUACUGCUCGCUGCCCGUCGAGUGUCGCGUGUGCCGUCUGACUCUCGUGGCGGCACCGCAACUUGCUCGCGCCUUCCGCCACCUCCUCCCGCUGCCCGCCUUCAAGCGGAUAGAUGCCCCUCAAGACGGCUCCUGUUUCGCCUGCCAACACAGCUUCCGAAAAUCGCCGUCGGCCUACGAGUGCAAGCAGUGCGCGCAGACGUUCUGCUUCGAGUGCGACACGAUGCUGCACGAGUCGCUGUACGCGUGCCCCGGCUGCGAUUCCGUCACUUCU